AACAUGAACUGCAAGCUCGAUCUCCACUAGAGGCAAGCGAGCAAGCACGCAUCCGCAGGCCAGCUGGCCGCUUGUUUCCCUUUAGAUUUCCCCUUUAGUUACCUUUCUCUCUCUACCGAAUAUUGUUAUCCCCCCGGCUGUUGCAGCACCACUACUCCGUCUGCUCUCCCUCUCUCUUGCAUUAAUUUAUGCAUACACGAGCUCCAUCUCCACUACAACGUUAACAUGCCUGGUAGUCGUUUCUCAGCACGUACUACCUAAUAUUGUUACCUCCUUAGCUGUUGAAGCGAUCGAGCUUGCUAAUUUGCAUAAAUACGGGAGCAGAGGAGCCGGGCGAGUUGAGGACCGCGCCUCCUUCCUCCGAUCCGCUCUCCUCCAUCUAUAUAAGCAGGCAGGGUUGCUUCCGCCACCACCCCUGCCCCCCGUCCCUGUCUCCCGGCGCCGCGCUCCGGCCGGCCGUUCGAUCCACCACACCAACAUGUGAACAAACUGCUAUCACCUCGAUCCGAUCCUCCGCUCCUGCAGCACUGCAACCAAGGUCGAUCGAGCUAGCUAGCUAGCGUAGCAUAUAUACGGCAGUGCCGGCAGGUGGCGGAGGAUGGUGAAGUUCUCGCGGGAGUACGAGGCCAGCAUCAUCCCCGAGUGGAAGGCCGUCUUCGUCGACUACAAGUGCCUCAAGAAGCUCAUCAAGAGGAUCAAGAUCGCCCGCCGCGACGCCGGCCCGCCGCCGCUGCUCGCCGCCGGCGAAACCGGAAGCAGCUAUGGCUUCUCGGUCCUUGAUCCCGUCCGCUCCAUCGCCGCCCGCUUCGCCGCCCAUCAUGCGGCGGCUUCUUCACCAGAGGGCGAGGAGGAGAGCUUGGAGUCGGAUUCAGGGGAGCUCGUGCGAUCCACGGACAAGCAUGAGCAAGAGUUCCUGGAGAAGGCGGACGAGGAGCUGGACAAGGUGAACAAGUUCUACGCGACGCAGGAGGCGGAGCUGCUGGCGCGCGGCGACGCGCUCAUCGAGCAGCUCCGCAUCCUCGCCGACGUCAAGCGCAUCCUCGCCGACCACGCGGCGGCGUCCUCCCGCCGCGGCCGAGGGAGGGCGCUCGGCCGGGCCAACUCCAUGCCGCCGCCCUCGCCGUCCGUGAACGGGUCCAGCGGCCGCCACCUCCUCUCCGGCCUCGCCUCGCCGCAGUCCAUGUCGGAUGGGAGCGUGGAGCUGCAGCAGGCGCGGGUGGCGGAGGGCGCGGCCGUGGCGGAGGAGGUGAUGGCGGCGCUGGAGCGCAACGGCGUCAGCUUCGUGGGCGGCGGGCUGGCCAAGGCCAAGAAGGACGGCAGCGGGAAGCAGCUCAUGGGGCGGGCCGCGCUGCUUCAGCUGCCGGCGACGGUGCGGAUCGACAUCCCGCCGACGAGCCCCGGCAGGGCGGCGCUCAAGGUGUGGGAGGAGCUCGUCAACGUGCUCCGCAAGGACGGCGCCGACCCCGCCGCCGCCUUCGUCCACCGCAAGAAGCUCCAGCACGCCGAGAAGAACAUCCGCGACGCCUUCCUCGCGCUCUACCGCGGCCUCGAGCUCCUCAAGAAGUUCAGCUCUCUCAAUGUAAAGGCUUUCACAAAAAUAUUGAAGAAAUUCGUCAAGGUGUCAGAGCAGCACCAAGCCACGGACAAGUUCUCAGAGAAGGUGAAGAGGUCGCCAUUCAGCAGCUCCGACAAGGUGCUUCAGCUCGCGGACGAGGUGGAGUGCAUCUUCUUGAGGCACUUCGCCGGCAACGACAGGAAGGUGGCCAUGAAGUACCUCAAGCCGCAGCAGCCCAGGAACACCCAUAUGAUCACCUUCCUCGUAGGCCUGUUCACAGGCACAUUCGUGUCGCUGUUCAUCAUAUAUUCAGUCCUAGCCCAUGUCGCCGGCAUUUUCUCAUCUACCGGAAGCCCAACCUACAUGGACAUAGUCUACCAUGUUUUCAGCAUGUUCGCACUCAUCAGCCUGCAUGUUUUCCUGUACGGCUGCAACCUCUUCAUGUGGAAGAGCACCAGAAUCAACCACAAUUUCAUCUUCGAUUUCUCCUCCAGCACCGCCCUGACGCACAGGGACGCCUUCCUCAUGUCGGCAUCCAUCAUGUGCACCGUCGUUGCAGCACUGGUCAUCAACCUGUUCCUCAGGAAUGCCGGCGCAACCUACACCGACGCAUUGCCCGGGGCACUCCUAGUUCUGUCAACUGGGGUUCUCUUCUGCCCAUUCAACAUAUUCUACCGCUCGACGCGCUACUGCUUCAUGCGUGUCAUGCGCAACAUCAUAUUCUCACCAUUCUACAAGGUUCUGAUGGCUGAUUUCUUUAUGGCUGACCAGCUAACCAGCCAGAUCCCAUUACUAAGACAUAUGGAAUUCGCAGCAUGCUACUUCAUGGCUGGAACCUUUAGGAAUCAAGCAUAUGAGACUUGCACCAGCAGCCCACAAUACACACACCUGGCCUAUGUGAUUUCCUUCCUACCUUACUACUGGAGAGCAAUGCAGUGUUUAAGGAGGUACCUGGAAGAAGGUCAUGACAUCAACCAACUUGCUAAUGCUGGAAAGUACGUAUCAGCAAUGGUUGCAGCUGCUGUGAGGUUCAAGUACGCUGCAACUCCGACACCACUCUGGAUGUGGAUGGUAGUCAUUUCAUCCUCAGGCGCCACCAUUUACCAGCUCUACUGGGACUUUGUCAUGGACUGGGGUUUCUUAAACCCCAAAUCUAAGAACUUAUGGCUUCGGGAUCAGCUCAUCCUGAAGAAAAAGUCGAUCUACUAUGUUUCCAUGAUGCUCAACCUUGCGCUGCGUCUAGCCUGGGCUCAGAGUGUAAUGAAACUCCAUCUUGGACGGGUGGAGUCUCGCUUGCUGGAUUUCUCACUCGCCUCACUCGAAAUUAUACGACGAGGGCAUUGGAACUUCUACAGGCUAGAGCAUGAACAUUUAAACAACGCUGGAAAGUUCAGAGCAGUGAAGACUGUCCCAUUACCAUUCCGCGAACUUGAAACUGAUUGACAAAGACAAAAGAACUUGCCAUCAUGCUCCCAGUAUAAAGGGAAUUCAGGGGAAGAGCUCCAAGAACUGGUGUCUGAGGGAUAAUAAAGUAAUCUGAGAGCAUAACUGCACAAGACCAAGACGUUGCGGAUUUAAGAUGGAAUAAGCUCAGACGAUGCAUUGUAAUGAGAGUGUCAGGGCUAGAAACAUGAGGCAUUGUGAUCAAGAAAGAUAGGGCCGAUUCCUUAUUGGUCGAUUGAAUAGUGUCCUGUGUUAAUCGACUAACAAGAUCUUAACUUUGUCAAUCAUUAAGCUAUGUAUGUAUCGAAUUGUAAACUCCUGGGCGUCAAGCAUAAUUUGAACAAUGAUUCUGUAAAUGCAA